UUCCAUGAUGGCUGAAGAUCCUGGAGGAGCUUACCGCAUUUUCUCUUUCAUUUUUCUCCGUUUUUCGCCACCUCUGCUACAGACAUGGCAGGGCGCGCAGCCUCGGUAAACGGCCACAGUCUUGCGUCGUCGUCAUGCCCAAGAAAGGGAACAGAAAACGGCUGAAAUUUCGAGCCGACGAUGUUUGCUCGGAGUCAGUAACGGUGGCUGACUACGCCAACGCGGAUCCUGCUAUCGUGAAGUCGGGACGCGUGAAAAAGGCUGUUGCAAAUGCAAUUGAAAAAGAAGUGAAAUUACUCUGUGGGCUCGAAGCCUCCCAGGGUCCUGUACAGGAAGUGCUGUCGUCAGCAGCUGGUGUAAGUAAAGAUGUACGUGACAGUAGUGAGGAGCUGGACUCAGAGGAAGGUGAUGGCGAAGGCAAGGUGUCGCACAAGAAGAAAAACAAGAGACGUAAAGAAAAUAGUGAAAGCACCGAUGGAGAAGAGUAUCCCAUUGACAUAUGGCACGUUCUUGCUGCGUACAUACGCCCUGAAGACGUGUGCAGGUUUGCCCUGAUCUGCAAGAAUGCCUGGGCUGUCACAUGCACUGCAGCAUUUUGGACUAGACUGUACAAGAGACACUACAGUCUUGAUGCAGACCUCCCCUCUCGCCUUCAGCCAGACUCCAUUUCAAGGAUGCGUUGUCUACGUGCCCGUGUAAUCCGCUCCCUCUUUCAUUUGUACGAGCCAUUCAGCCUGCGAGUAUCCAUGUGUCCCCCCCUCCCUGAGUCUACUCCAACCACACUACUCAAUUCCAAGUGCUUGCUGUUUUGGGUCAACAAAGUCUCCGGAAGUAGAGCUGAAACCAUGUGGGAAUUCAACUUCAAGUUUGUGAAGCAGCCAGCCAAGGUGAAGAACGGCUGUGACCAGGGACUGGAGCUGCCUAGGCAUUAUAAAGACGUCCUCACUAACCCAGACUCUGAUUGCUACCUGUUGCGUGUCACCACCCUCAACUUCAUCUUCACUUCCGUCGUCAUGGGCAUGACACUAACCAUGUUCACCAUUAACGUGAGCACAGACAUGAGGCACCACCGGGUGCGGCUGGAAUUCCAGGACUCCCCCAUGGUCCGGGGCAAGAAGUUGCGAGGAGAACCGGGCACUCAGGUGGUGCUGGACCCUGUCCACAGUGUGCGUCUCAUGGACUGGUGGCACCCUCAGUACCCCAUAUCUUCAUGCACUUAGAUCAGCCACACUUAACCACAGUGGAGAAUUAAGGCCUGCUUCCACCAUUGCAAAUCAUUCUGCACUGUCUUUUCUCUGAUGUUUUGCAUUGUAGUGUGCUUGUUAUGCAGUACUGCUUAGAUCGUAGAGUCUCUAAUUGUGCAGGUGGAAGCAGGCCUUAUGUGCUUUGUUCUUUAUUUAUUUUAUUUUUUUUUCCCUUUUGGGUUGAAGUUGCUCUUUAAUGCUGGCAUACAAAAAGAGCCCCGUCUUACCCGAUCCUAACUACUCCAAGUGAAAGACUGGUUUUAGAUCUAUGCAAAAGGGCAACUUCCAUCCGUUGUGUGGCAAGGCAGACAGGGCAUUAAAACCAAUAAGCUGGAAGGAAGAAACACAGCGUCUUUGCAUGCACUCUUCCGUGCUUGUGUCGUCCCAGUUUUAUUUGUACUGUUUAAUCCAACCCUCAGGCUGUUGUAAAUGACUGAAGAUGUGUGCAAGAAAAAAAAGUAUUCCUGAUUCACUUCAUAAUGUAUAGCGGGUCAGGUUUUUGACAGUAAUUCUGUGUAGUGGCGUAUGUAUCAGUGAUGGUAUGUGCUCUGCCUGAUGUUUAAGCUGAAGCAACACAUGAAGUUGAAAACGGAACUAAUAUUAAGAGAAACUACAAACUUAAAGAGAAGUUUUCAAAGGCAGCAGAUACCAUCUUUCAGAUAUUCCACUGACCUCGAAAGGUCUGUCUGCAGAGCGCAAAAACUGAACUGGCCUUUACGAGCAUGUUGAAUCCUGUGUUUUUUAAUUCAGUGGGGCAGCCCUCUUUUGGCGUAAUGUAAACUACUUUAAGUAGCUUUUAGAUCUGUGUUAGCUGUAGGGGCACAGGAGUUGCCGUUUUAUAGACUUGAGUGUUUGCUUCAUGGGGCAUCUGAAUGCAGCUUUCCAACUUCACAAUCAUGCAUGUUUGGCUAAUUAAAUGGCGUGUGGAUGAAUGUACACAGAAGGCAGGUUUCUGUUCUCAGUAUUUUUCAUUAGCCUAGUGUCUUGUGUUUGAGAGAAUAUUUUUUCUGAUUAACAAGGAAGAGCACCUGCAGUAGUGAUGUCACUCAGAUUUCUUUCUCAUACGGGAUGUGCCACUGGAAUCGAUUUUAUGAGAGUGACAGGUACUUGACAUGUUUAUUGUAAUAAAUAAAUCAACCUGUUAGUAAUGUUUGUUUCCUUGAUGAAGGCUGAAAAGAGAAAUUCUGCCACCCAGUGGUGUCAGAUGCUGUGUGGAGGGGAAAAUGUUGGUGUUAUAUGCACUAAAUUUAAAAGGUGUUAAAAUAGCAUACAGAAAAUCUAAAGUGAUUAUCAGUGGGAUACUAAUGCAAUGCUGAAAGCAUUUUUGGGUAAACACAUGGAUGAAUAUUUUUGUUGUAUUCAGUAAAUUAUUUUUUUUAUUUAAUAAAUCACUUUAAUUUGCUGAAUUAAAGUCCUGCAAUUUACUGAAUUAAAAGUACACAGAAAUGAAAUUACAGCUGCAUUUCAUGACUUAAGGGGGAAAUGUCGGGGGGUGUUCCACAAAAACAUGAAAUAAAGAUUUUAUUUUCUGGUUGUA